AUGGCAGGGCGCCGGGGGGGAGGAGGGGCGGGCUUGGGGGAAGCGCCGCCGCCGCCCGCGUCGUGCUGCGGCGGAGGAGCCGCCGAGCCGGCCCGCGAGCUCUUCGAGGCCUGCCGCAACGGCGACGUGGAGCGCGUGAAACGCCUGGUGCGGCCGGAGAACGUCAACGGCAGAGACACGGCCGGCAGGAAGUCCAGCCCCCUCCACUUCGCCGCAGGUUUCGGUCGUCGGGAUGUAGUUGAAUAUUUGCUUCAAAGUGGUGCUAAUGUUCAUGCACGAGAUGAUGGGGGCCUCAUCCCACUUCAUAACGCCUGCUCUUUCGGCCAUGCUGAGGUUGUCAAUCUUCUCCUGCGCCAUGGUGCAGAUCCUAACUCCCGGGAUAAUUGGAACUACACACCUCUUCAUGAAGCAGCCAUUAAGGGCAAAAUAGAUGUCUGUAUAGUGCUGUUGCAGCAUGGUGCUGAUCCAGUCAUCCGUAAUACAGAUGGAAGAACAGCACUGGACUUAGCAGAUCCAUCAGCGAAAGCAGUGCUUACCGGUGAAUACAAGAAAGAUGAACUCUUGGAAAGUGCCAGGGGUGGAAAUGAAGAAAAAUUGAUGGCCCUUCUCACACCACUAAAUGUCAACUGUCAUGCAAGUGAUGGCAGGAAGUCAACUCCUUUACAUUUAGCAUCUGGUUAUAACCGUGUUAAGAUUGUACAGCUGUUGUUACAACAUGGAGCUGAUGUGCAUGCUAAAGAUAAGGGAGACCUGGUGCCACUUCAUAAUGCGUGUUCCUACGGUCAUUAUGAAGUAACAGAACUUCUAGUAAAGCAUGGAGCAUGUGUAAACGCAAUGGAUCUGUGGCAAUUUACUCCUCUGCAUGAAGCAGCUUCUAAGAACAGAAUAGAAGUGUGUUCUCUCUUGCUCAGCUAUGGUGCUGAUCCCACGUUGUUAAACUGCCAUAAUAAAAGUACUAUAGACUUGGCCCCAACACCACAGUUAAAAGAAAGAUUGGCAUAUGAAUUCAAAGGACACUCACUACUACAGGCUGCAAGGGAAUCUGAUGUAGCUCGCGUGAAAAAACACCUCUCUCUCGAGAUUAUAAACUUCAAGCAUCCCCAAACUCAUGAAACUGCCUUGCAUUGUGCUGCUGCGUCUCCAUAUCCUAAAAGAAAGCAAGUAUGUGAGCUGCUUCUAAGAAAAGGAGCCAACAUCAGUGAAAAGACAAAAGACUUCCUGACAGCCCUCCAUGUGGCAUCAGAAAAAGCUCAUAAUGAUGUUGUGGAAAUUCUUGUGAAACAUGAAGCAAAGGUCAACGCGUUGGAUAAUCUUGGCCAGACUUCUCUGCAUAGAGCAGCACAUUGUGGGCAUCUGCAGACCUGCAGGCUGUUGUUGAGCUCUGGUUGUGAUCCAUCAAUUGUGUCGCUGCAGGGAUUUACAGCCUCUCAAAUGGGAAACGAGAGUGUUCAACAGUUAUUACAAGAAGGUGUUCCUUUAGGCAAUUCAGAAGCCGAUCGACAGUUGUUGGAAGCUGCAAAGGCAGGAGAUGUAGACAUAGUAAAAAAAUUAUGUACAAUACAGAGUGUGAAUUGCCGGGACAUUGAAGGACGUCAAUCCACACCCCUUCACUUUGCAGCAGGAUAUAAUAGAGUGUCUGUGGUUGAAUACCUUCUGCAGCAUGGUGCCGAUGUUCACGCAAAAGACAAAGGAGGCCUUGUCCCUUUGCAUAAUGCCUGUUCUUACGGGCACUAUGAAGUGGCUGAACUACUUGUUAAACAUGGUGCAGUUGUGAAUGUGGCGGAUCUGUGGAAGUUCACUCCUUUGCACGAAGCUGCUGCGAAAGGGAAAUAUGAGAUUUGUAAACUUCUGCUGCAGCAUGGGGCUGACCCCACAAAGAAAAACAGAGAUGGUAAUACUGCCUUGGACCUGGUCAAAGAUGGUGACGCAGACAUUCAGGAUCUCCUUCGAGGAGAUGCGGCUUUGCUAGAUGCCGCAAAGAAGGGUUGUUUGGCUCGGGUGAAGAAAUUGUGUUCCCCUGAUAAUGUAAAUUGUCGAGACACGCAAGGGCGACAUUCAACUCCUCUACACUUAGCAGCUGGCUACAACAAUUUAGAGAUUGCAGAAUACCUCUUACAACAUGGAGCUGAUGUUAAUGCACAGGACAAAGGGGGUCUAAUUCCACUACACAAUGCCGCAUCCUAUGGGCAUGUAGACGUAGCAGCUUUACUUAUAAAGUAUAAUGCGUGUGUAAAUGCUACGGACAAAUGGGCUUUCACACCUUUGCACGAAGCAGCCCAGAAAGGAAGGACACAGCUUUGUGCCUUAUUGUUGGCACAUGGCGCUGAUCCUACUCUGAAAAACCAGGAAGGACAAACGCCAUUAGACCUAGUCACCGCAGAUGAUGUUAGUGCAUUAUUGGCAGCCGCCAUGCCUCCUUCUACCUUGCCAUCUUGUUACAAACCUCAGGUUAUAAACAUGGGGUCUUCAGCAGAUUCGCUUUCGUCUGUUCCAUCCAGCCCUUCUAAUCUGUCAGCUGCCAGUAGCCUUGACAAUUUGUCUGGUAGCUUUUCUGAACUCUCGGUUGUUAGUACAAAUGGUGCCGAGGGGGCUACUGGCUUAGAGACAAAGGAAGUUUCAGGUGUAGAUUUCAGCGUAAACCAAUUUGUGAAAAAUCUUGGACUUGAUCAUUUGAUUGAUGUAUUUGAAAGGGAGCAAAUAACAUUGGAUGUACUGGUUGAAAUGGGGCACAAAGAAUUAAAGGAAAUUGGAAUUAAUGCUUAUGGGCAUAGACACAAAAUAAUUAAAGGAGUUGAAAGGUUAAUCUCAGGACAGCAAGGCCUUAAUCCCUACCUGACUUUGAAUACUUCUGGUAGUGGAACUAUCCUCAUAGACCUUUCUCCCGAUGAUAAAGAGUUUCAAUCAGUGGAAGAAGAGAUGCAGAGCACUGUUCGAGAGCACAGAGAUGGCGGGCAUGCCGGUGGGGUUUUCAACAGAUACAACAUUUUAAAGAUACAAAAAGUGUGCAACAAAAAACUCUGGGAAAGAUACACUCACAGGAGGAAAGAAGUUUCUGAAGAGAAUCAUAAUCACGCUAAUGAAAGGAUGUUAUUUCAUGGCUCCCCUUUUGUGAAUGCAAUUAUUCAUAAAGGUUUUGAUGAAAGACAUGCCUACAUCGGUGGAAUGUUUGGAGCUGGAAUUUAUUUUGCUGAGAAUUCUUCCAAAAGCAAUCAGUAUGUGUACGGUAUCGGUGGCGGCACAGGUUGCCCAAUUCACAAAGACAGGUCUUGUUAUGUCUGUCAUAGGCAGUUGCUGUUUUGCCGUGUUACAUUGGGCAAGUCUUUUCUGCAGUUCAGUGCAAUGAAAAUGGCUCAUUCUCCUCCAGGACACCAUUCAGUUACUGGGCGGCCUAGUGUAAAUGGACUAGCUUUAGCAGAAUAUGUCAUUUACAGAGGAGAGCAGGCCUAUCCCGAAUAUUUGAUUACUUACCAGAUUGUGAAGCCUGAAGCCGCCACAGAACCUUGAAACCUCAAAUGUAUUUGCAAAGAGAUCAAAGUAAAGAGUGUACUGAAUUGCUGAAAAAUUGUUAUCCCAUCCCACAGGCAUUGUGGUAGAAAAUGUGAAUAAAAUCUAACAUUUUGACGCGGUAAAGCUUUAAUAAAUGUAUAGUAAGUUUUCUACAAUUUCAGAAAUGUCGUUUUUCAGCACUUUAACAGAUCUCAUCCCAGGUGAAACUGGUUUUGUCUGUACUAAAUUAUAUAACAACUAUUAACUUGAAUUAUGUUUUCUAUAUGCUAUUACAGUGAAAUCUAACAAACUGUAUUGCUAUACAGGAACUCAUUUUACUAAUACUGUGUUCUUUAAAACUCUACAUUUACACAGAGUCAUUUGUAAAACUGUAAAUAAGAGCUUUUCUACUA